AUGACCGUGUCGCUCCUGACCGGCACCGGGAAGUUCAACAUCAGCGACUUCGUGCCGGCGCUGUCGUGGCUAGACCUGCAGGGAGUGCAGGCCAAGCUGCGCCGAGUGCACCGCCAGUUCGACGGGCUCAACACGAAGCUGCUGGUGCCUGGUGGAGCACGCGGCAACGGACGAAGAGCGCGCCUGGGAGGAGGGCCGGUUGGACUUCGUGGACAUGCUUCGGUUGGUGGCUUGGAGCAGGCCGGGGCGAGGCGGAAAACGCGAGUGCCGAGCAGAGGACGAAGCAAGGAUGAGCGGCGCGGGAUCGGCCGGACCUCUGGGGGGCGUGUCGCAGGUGGCGGAGGCUGUGGGCGGGGCCGUCCGAAUCGGAUUGGAGGCGAGGCUGCUGGCCGGAUCCGGAGCGGGCCGGCGACUGGGGCAGGACGGCCAGAUCAGACCCAUGGCAGAGGAGCUUCCAUGGCGCCUAUGGGUUCCUCACUGAUAAGGGGUGAUGCCCUGGCUCUGGCCAGCCACCACGGCCGCGCGCACUCCAGGAGAGUGGAGUGCAUCGUCGGCACAACACAUGUAGAAGAGGAGGAGCAACACUGGGUGAUAGUGGCUGGAGAAGAGGAGGAGUAG